ACAUGUAUUGUGGAACCAAAUCAUGAUGGAAAAGAAUCUGAUAAUUUAAAGCAAUGGCAUAUCCACAAGAAAAUGUCCAAGAUCUAACUAGGAGUCUGGAUGCUUUCCACAUUUCUGAGAAUGCAAGAAGUGCUCCAAUUCAGGGUGGUGUUAAUCCCUUUGAUAAAGGAGGCUUACAUUACAGUAAUUUAAACCAGGAUGUUAGAGGGGGAGGAGGUAGGCAAUCUCAGGUAGAAGAUGGAGGACAACAGAGGUAUUCUCCAAGGUCAGGUAGUCAGGAUAGAAGACAGAGAAACAGUAGUAGAGAGAGGCAAAGGUAUCCCCAGGGUGACCCAAGUCAACAAAGGUAUCCUCAGGGUGACCCAAGUCAACAAAGGUAUCCACAGGGUGACCCAAGCCAACAAAGGUAUCCUCAGGGUGACCCAAAUCAACAAAGGUGUCCUCAGGGUGACCCAAAUCAACAAAGGUAUCCCCAGGGUGACCCUAGCCAACAAAGGUAUCCACAGGGUGACCUAAAUCAGCAAAGGUAUCACCAGAGUGACCCAAAUCAACAGAGGUAUCCUCAUAGUGACCAAAUUCAACAAAGGUAUCAUGUUGACCCAAAUCAACAAAGAUACCCCCAGGGUGACUCACAUCAGCAGAGGUAUCCCCAGGGUGACCCAAAUCAGCAGAUGUAUCUUCAGGGUGACCCAAAUCAACAGAGGUAUCCCCAGGGUGACCCAAAUCAGCAGAGGUAUCCUCAAGGAAACCCAAAUCAACAGAGGUAUCCCCAGGGUGACCCAAAUCGGCAGAGGUAUCCUCAGGGAGACCCAAAUCAACAGAGGUAUCCCCAGGGUGACCCAAAUCAGCAGAGGUAUCCUCAGGGGGACCCAAAUCAACAGAGGUAUCCCCAAGGUGACCCAAGUCAAGAAAGAUAUCCUCAGAGAGACCAAAGUCAUCAGAGGUAUCCUCAAGGAGACUCAAAUAAACCAAGUUUCAAUCAAGAUGACGUAAAUCAACGAAGCUACUUGCAGGGUGACCAAACUCAACAAGGGUAUCCCCAUAGAGACAGUAGUGCUGAUCGACACAGAUACAGGGAAAGAAACAACAGUGGUGAACAGCAAAGGAAUUUCCAACCAAGAGCUAGUAGCAGUGAUAGACAGAGAGUUAUCAGUAAUGAUUGUGAGCCUCAGCUGCAUCAACAGGGGUAUGGGGGUGGUAGUCAGAGAUAUGAACAACCAAUUAUUAAUCCACAAAGAUAUGAAGACCAACAGAGAUAUCCAGCUAGUGAUCGCAGUCAUGACAGACAGGGACAUCCACAAAGAGCCAGUAGUGGAGAAAGACAACAAAUUCCACAGAGAGAUGGAAGUGUUGAUCGUCUGCCAUCAGAAAAUUCUGAUCUUGCCAAAAAUCCCGAUACUCAGAUGGGAGGAAGUAAUUCAGGUGAACGUGCCUCAAGACAACGAACUCCUAGACGGAGGUAUGUCACCAGAGAUUCUGAACAAGAAUCUGAGGAUCAAAAUUCCCCAAUGACCACACCUCAGAGACAGGAAGGACCCAUGAGGGGUGAUAUUAAUGUUCUACCUUCAAGGCCUCAAGUUCAGACUGGAUCAGUAGUUAGAAAUGGAGGUGCAAGUGCUUCAGUACAAUCAUCCAUUGGAUCUUCUAGUCAUAAUUGUAAUGAGGCCCCUAGUUCUGAUGAAGGGAAGCAGAGGCGACCACAAAGCUUAGACAGAGGUCGCCGAAGGGAAGCCAUGCCCCCACCACCUGCAGUUUUAGCGAAUCUCAGAAAAGACAGAAAUUCUGGAACUCCAGAUAAAAAUAGUAAUCCAGAUGGUCAAAAUUCACAGUACACAAGCUGUGAUAACAAGGAACUAUGUAUGCCAGCUUCUAAUCAAGCAGAAAUUAUUAUUCAGGCACACAGAGAAAAUGCUUAUGGGAAAGACAGCCCAUUGAUGGCCAAAUUACAAUCCACUUAUACACUGUUAAGAUCUAGAUCAUUCAACAGGGACAAGGAGAGCAGACCUCAAGUAGAAGUAAGGCGAAGAGAUCGGUCACUGAAUUCUCGGGAGGAACAUCAAGUAAAUAGACAACAGGAAAAUAACAGUGUUGACCCUUUGAGGGACCCCACACUUAUCUAUUCAUCUGAGGAGAAGAUUGAGAGACCAGUUGAAGGCCGCCGCCCUUUCAGAGGAAGAAGUCCUCAGCAACAAAAUAACUCCUAUGACAGAGGUUCUCCAAACACUCAGAGUCAGCAACAGAUGGGUCAGAGUCCUAAUCAACUUCUCCAAAAUCAGCAGCAGCCUGAACUUGAUAAUCAACAAAAUUCUACUGGUGACUUUGGCAGAAGUCAACAGUGUCCUCCUAACUUUAACAACCAAACACCACCUCAAAGAGAAUUCCAGUCCAGUCAGCUUUAUCAAGGAAAAAGUCAACAAGAAUCUCAUCCUGGUUACCCACAGCAGAGUGGUCAGUCUAACGUAAGCAGUCCCUCCUUAAAACGCAUGACUGGAGUAACAGAUCUGGACAAAGCCAUGAAAGACAGAGACCAAGAAUUUCUCAGUAAACGUUUUGGAGACACACACAUGAAAACUGAACUCACACCCCAAUCACCUUCAAUCAACAGCAACCAUUCAUGCAGUGAUGACCAGGAAACAGACAUUGAUGACUUGAGUAAAGAAAAAGGUCAUGCUAAGUUCAGAAAUAGAAAGCUGUCAGGGGAAAAUUCACCCCUCAACAAGUCCUCUCCCUCAAGUCCAAUGUUUCCCCCUUCUCCUUCAUCCCCAUUGGUUUUCUGUGAUGAGAAGAGACAACUCAGUGAUUCCAGAGGAAAAGAAAUUCUCCGCAGACGUCCAAAUAACCUGGAGGAUGCCGUUAGCUGGCCUAUGUCCAUUCCUGGAACUUUGGACUUCACAAAGUUUGAAGUAUUUGAAGGUCAGAUGUUGCUGAACUGGUUGCAGUCAACAAUCGAUGACAAACACUACCUUAGGUUGGUGAUGACGCGACACGACAUGAGUGUGGUUCUUACUCAAUUCUGUACAUGUCUCAUUGCCUCAGGGGUGAUGGCAGAGAAGGAGGGUAGAAACCAACAAAUUUUCAAGCCUGACUGUAUGUAUUACUGGACUCACACAGAGAAUGCUCCCAUCCGACAGGAUGUAGACAUUAAAAAACUUGGCCCUAUGUGGCCCCCUCCCUUGCCAGAAAAAGACGAAUUUGGACAUAAGUACACAGAAGCAGAACAACAGGCUGCGUUUGUGAAUGUAAAAAAGGAAUACCAGCAAGAAGUUGAAAAGCUAAAGACAGAGAACCAGUCUUUGGUGGAUCACCUGCGAGAGGAGUACCAGACUAGACUCCAGGAAAGCACGGAGAGGAUCGUCAAGCUCGAGAAAGAGCUACAAGAUCUCAAAGAACAGAAUGAAGCAUUGGUGGAGGCCCAGAAACAACUAGAGCAGGACUUCAUGACCCCCGGAGGGGAGAUAUUUGCAGUUACGGGGACACCUGCCUCUCAAAGAUUCCAUACCCCCAUCACACCUGAAUGUAUCAAGGGAGAGUAUCCUGACAUACCAAGAGAUGAAGAUGAAGGAGAUAUGUCAAUGCCACCCCCUCCUGAUGAACUACGACCCAAUGCCCCACCCCCUCCACCACCACCACCACCACCCCCAGGGAUAGGAGCUCCACCUCCUCCACCCCCUCCACCUGUACCAGGUGGUCCCCCACCCCCUCCUGCUCCUCCAGUGCCAGGUGGACCAGGGGUAGUCAGAAAAGGAUCUCUUAAGCCUGUUAUCCAGACUAAAUCACCAAUGAAACCACUCUUCUGGCAGAGGAUACAGGUCCAUAAUCUCAAAUCUAAAAAUAAAGACUUGAACAACAUGCGUUUGGUGUGGGAGGAGAUUGAUGAGGCGGCCAUUGAUGUGGAAGAAGUGGACAAACUGUUCUGUAAGCCUCCAUCAGAAGCCUCUCAAAAAGCCAGCAAAACCCGGACCAAAUCUCCAGCCAAACAGGUUGCCAAGGUAUUAAGCCCUAAGCGUUCCCAGCUGGUAGGGAUCCUGUUAUCUAGUCUACGAGUGGAUAUUAAUGAUAUUGAAUUAGCUAUCUUGACUUGUGAUACAUCUUGUGUGGACAUAGAGAAAUUAAAAACCAUUUAUGAUAGUAGAGCUGAUGAGGAUGAAAUGAAGAAACUAAAGAAACAUGUAGAUAAGAAUCCAGAUGUUAUGCUGGAUAAACCUGAUCAAUUUUUGUUUGAUCUCAACCAAGUUCCUGACUUUGCAGAGAGAAUUUUCUGUCUGUUAUUUCAAGAAAGCUUCCAAGAAAGCAUAUCUGUGAUAGACAAUAAAUUAAACAAUCUCAAAAUGACAUCUCAGAUGUUGAUCCAAGGGAAGAGUGUAAGAGAUAUACUGGGUAUAGUGCUAGCCAUAGGAAACUACAUGAAUGGAGGAAACAGGUCUCGAGGACAGGCAGAUGGGUUUGGAAUAGAAAUCCUGGCCAAACUAAAAGAUGUGAAAACAAAGGAUAACAGAAUGACUCUACUCCAGUACAUUGUGUCGACUUACGUGUCAAAGUUUGAGCGAGAUCUAGCCGGGACAGAGAAGGCUAAGCUUCCUGUUCCCGAGUACAGUGAUGUCACGCAGGCCAUGUUAGUCCAGUUUGAUGAUAUUGAAAAGGAGCUCAAAAGAAUCCAGAAAGAUUUCAGUGCUGCAGAGAAAAGGGCUGAGAAGGUGAUAAAGAACUCCAGUCCACAAUAUGUACAGCCCUUUAAGGAUAUUAUGUUGACUUUCUUUAACAAAGGACAAGAAGAAUUUAAAGAACAGGAGGAGAAUUUAAAGGAAGCAAAGAGUGUAUUUGCCUCAUUGUACAUGUUUUACACUGUGAAACCAAAGUCUGGUGAGAAGGAGGUCACGCCGGAAUAUUUCUUCUCUCUGUGGUCCUCUUUCUGUCAUGAUUUUAAGGACCUCUGGAAAAAAGAGCAGCAGUAUGUCGCCAAAUUAAGAGUGCAACAGGAGGAAUUACGUCUGAAACAAAUCAGGGAAAAGAAACUACAACAACCAAACACCAGAGUGCGCCGGCGAGGGGGAUUGAAGGACAAGCUGGCAAGUAAAGGAAUGCUUGGACAAUGAAUGUGAAACCCAAAGGCAAUUAGUUACCCGGUACCCAUUUCAUUCUACAGCAAGGCAAUAUAGUAUGGAUAUGAGUGUCUACUUUGAAGUAUAUGGUCUCUUAAUGCAGCAGUGAAACAGUACAACCUGUGGUUGUGUAACAGUCAGCAUUUGUUUUAUAGGGUUGUAUUUAACUGAUGCAUUUUUUCAUGCAUAUGCAAUUUCCCUUGUUACUGUGAUUUUAGAUAUUUUUUUGCAUUUAUAGAUUUUUAUUUUAUAUACCAGAUCUUACUGUCUUCUUUCAUUCCAUUUUUCAUAUGGAUUGUUAAAACACUUAGUGCUGUGAGCUCUCAUCAUUUUAUACCCCCGUUCCGAAGGAGAGGGGGAUAUACUGUUUUACCAUUGUGUGUCUUUGUGUGUGUGUGUCUGUCCGUAACAAAUUUUUUUGUCGCAGUUUUCUCAGCAACUACUCAUUGCAGAUACUUGAAAUUUUAGCACACACUUUGUUUAGGCAUGCCAUUUGGUGGGAUUCAAUUUUGUAUGAAUCCAAUAUCAACUAUCUGUUUAUCUGUGCAUACAUAACAAAUUUUCAUCAUUGUUUUCUCAGCAACUACUCAUUGCAGAUGCUUGAAAUUUUAAGACACUCUUUUUUUAAGCAUGCCAUAUAGUGGGAUUCAAUUUUGUACGAAUCAAAUAUCAACUUCCUGUUUAUCCGUGCGCCUGUCCGUACCAUACAUGUAUAAUAAAUUUUCGUCUCAGUUUUCUCAGCAACUACUCAUAGCAGAUGCAUGAAAUUUUAACCCACUCUUUGUUUAGGCAUAUCAUUGGUGGGAUUCAUUUUUGUACGAAUCUGAUGUCAACUUCUUGUUCAUCCCUGUGUAUGUCCAUAACUGAACUUGUGUAUAUUCACAUCAGAGUGUAUAUUCACAUCAGAGUGGGGGUAUUACUGGUGAACAUUGGCUUACAGACUUCUUGUUAUCCCUACAUUCAUUUUUUUUUUCCAUGAAACUUUCCAUUUUUUCCAGUUAUAUAUUCAAUGGUCAUUCAGGAUAAGGUUAAUGAUCAUGCAGCUCAAAAAUCACAGACAUUCCAAAUGUUAGCUGUUGAUUAGGAGUAGGUUUGUGUGAUUCAUGAAUGAAAUACCAUCAUGGUUCAUAUUUGAAGAUAUUGGUUUACUUUCUUUUGUUUUUUGUUUUUUUUUUUCUCUAUUUUAGAGGACUAGUCACUUUUCUUGAUUCAUAUUGAUUUACCUUGGUAGUUGUCUAUAGAUUUUUGCAUUUAAAUUUUUGGAUCUGUUGUGAUGGUAGGUCAGUUUGGGGUUGGGAUUUAGUAAUUACAGAAUUUCAUUUUUAUCUUACAUUUCAUUACAUUUCAAAGUAGAAUUUAGUAAAUGUCUGCAUUACACCCAUAAAUUGAAAUGCUGUUGACAGAUAGUGAAAUUUGUUUAAUAUGUUUCCUUUUAUGUACAAUGUAUGGUGAAUAACAUGGAUGAUUUUUCAUGACCCCACCUAAUGUUCCAACCUCUUACAUGCCAAAGUUGAUAUUCAAGUUUUUGAACAAUUUACUGAUAUUUCUGAUUAGACUAAUUGAUUGUAAAUUUUUGUGAGUAUAAUUGCCAAUGCCUUGGAAUAUGCCAGUAAUUAUUAUUUUUACAUUUAAAGCAGAGGUAAAGGCAUUCUUUAUAUCCAGUGUUGAGCAUUGGUUAUCAAAUUCCUCGACAAGGUUGUGUUCUUACUGAACUGGAGUUCAGUAAAGCUUUUAUUUCUUAUCUAUGCAAGAAUUUAUCUCAUUUUCUUAUAAGAGAUAGGUACAUGCUUAUGCCAAAUUGAUAUGCAGUGCAUCAAUAUGUUUUCUGUACAUGUAUUGAAUGCUUUCAGUUUGUUCUUUUUUCCUUUUUAUUUUUAUUUUUUUUUUUGAUGGUCUCAACAUGUUGAGAUUUUUUUAUGAAUCAUGUAAAUAAUCUAGAGCAUGAACAUGUUAAGCAAGAUAUAGAAUCAAAUUUAAUAGGCAAGAAAAAGAAUCAAAUUUUAUAAACAAGAAAAAGAAAUUUUACAGACUUCAAAGAUCUGAAUAAAUGUGCUUAGAGUACAUGAAAUAACACUGCUGAAUUUAAUUUUAAAAAAAAAAAAGUUAUUGUAACCUUUAGGGGAUCUUAAGAAUUCCUGGAUAUAGUCAUAAUCUGUUCUAUAAAAUUGUAAUUCUGUCUACUUGUCCCAAUUUGUGGAAUAAAAAUUUACUUUCUUACAAAACAGGAUUUCCAUUAAUGAUAUUUUUUUAUGGAAACAAAUUAUUAUAGUAAUGAAUUUUUUAUGCUGAAUGCAGCAUUAUGUUUUUGCUUGUACAAAACCAUGAAAUUUACAAAAGUGAAUUUAAGGUUACUUGAACAGUAGAUGACUAAAAAUAGAGAUUGAUAAACAUAGAAAUUUGAAACUGAAAAUUUAGAAACUGCAACAAAACCGUCAGAGGAAUACUGUGUGCUUUAAUUGAUUUAAACUGAGUUAAGAUGUCCAGUUUACAUUGAAUAUGACAUGGUUAAAAGAGAUCCAUUAUUAUAACUUUAAGGCAUUUUAGUGAUUUUAUGUCUCUUGUUUAUUGUCAUUUGUAUUUAUUUGUUUUUUUAUAUCCACACUGGAGCAAAGCUUUAAUGUUAUCCAUUUUGUUAGAUAAAAAGUUUUGUAUGGAGAUAAUGGAAAUUGAUUUUGGUUGUGAGAGCAGAUUUGUGAUUAUGUACUUUUUUUCAUGAAUACAUAUAUUUAUAUGAAUAAAAAGUCAGAUAAAA